AUGGCUCGUCUGGGAUUGACGCUGCUGAUGGCAGGGCUGCUGAUGCUGCAUAUCAGAGCCAGCGAUAACCCUCCCAGCAUAGAGGAUAGAGUGAAUAGGAUUCUAUCAAACACUCCUCUCAUCGACGGCCAUGACGAUCUUCCGAUCUUGCUUCGCUUUCUCUACAAGAACCACAUCUAUCAAGAGAACUUCACCACGCCAUUUACCCAAGGCGGCCUGGCCGGUCACGUCGAUCUACCACGACUGGCGCAAGGCAAGGUCGGCGGCUCGUUCUGGAGUGUAUACGUCGAAUGUCCCAACAACGGGACGGACCUCUCCGAUGCCAACUACGCAUCAAGUACGUCUAACCAAGCAACACAUUCCAUCCAACCACUCACAUCCACAGGCGUCCGUCAGACCUUCGAACAGGUCGACCUCGUGUCACGGCUGCAGACAGCCUAUCCAGGCACCUUCUCCAAGCCGCCCAACGGCACCACCGCGCUGCAAGCCUUCAACGAAGGCAAAAUCAUCUCGCCGCUCGGCAUCGAAGGCCUGCACUCCAUCGGCAACUCCUUCGCGCACCUGCGCACGUUCCACGCGCGCGGCGUCUCCUACGCCACGCUCACCCACAACUGCCACAACAUCUACGCCGACGCAGCCAUCGUCAGCACGCCCGACGGCGGCGUGCGCAAGGCCGACCCGCUCUGGCACGGAGUCAGCGCCGCCGGCAAGACGCUCGUGGCCGAGAUGAACCGGCUAGGCAUGAUCGUGGACCUGGCGCACGUCAGCGCCGACACGAUGCGCGAUGUGCUCGGCGCCGGGAAGGACGACUGGGCGGGGAGUCGCGCGCCCGUGAUUUUCAGCCACAGCUCCGCGUACGCCGUCUGUCCGCAUCCGCGCAACGUCCCAGACGACGUGCUGCGGCUCGUCAAGGCGCGGCGCUCGCUGGUGAUGGUCAACUUUUCGCCGGAUUUUAUCUCCUGCGUCGCCUCGGAUGAUCCAGGUGGUAUCCCCGCGCUCGACCCGGAGCACGCCACACUGGAGCGCGUCGCGGACCAUAUCAUGCACAUCGGCGGCUUGAUCGGGUUCGAGCAUGUAGGACUGGGGAGCGACUUUGACGGGAUCAUGAGCACCCCGCGCGGUCUAGAAGACGUAUCCAAGUUCCCUGCGCUCAUCGCCGAGCUCCUGCGCCGGGGCGUCAGCGACAACGACGCGGGCAAAGUGGCCGGAGGGAAUCUGCUGCGUGUAUGGAGGGAGGUGGACGAGGUUGCGCUGGAGAUGCAGGCGGAGGGGGCACUGCCGGCGGAAGACAACAUUGCCUAG